UUUUCCCAUUCAAUUUUCCGUUUGCUGUAGUUUCACAAGUGGAAAACUGUCGCCGGACAGCAAAAACUCUGCAAAACUAUACAAAAUAUCAAAAGAAACUGCAAGAAAAGCAAAGAAAAACCAAAGAAAAACCAAAGAAAAGUGCUAGAGACAAUUUCAAAACGGAAAGCAGCAAAACGUUUGCAUAACCUGAGGCGUGAAAAGUGUGCGAAAAAUCUGCUCUGCUCAAAGAUUUUUCCAGCAAAACGACGGACUGACAUUUUCAAGGACUGACACCCCCCGCCCCCUCUCACCGAGUGGGUGUACGUGGGAUACGUGUGUAUACCCGCUGAGAGAGUGUGUAUCUGUGUGUGAGUGUGUGAGUGUGUAGUGCAAUUAUAAAUGGCGUAAUUCCGGUGCGAUGUACAUUGCUGGCAUCCAUAGCAGUAGAGGAUUCGUGGCCAACAUACAGACGGAGACUCCAGUGGGACUCCGACAGGAGGAUCAAUCGAGUGCAGCAGCAGCAGCAGCAGGAGGAGGAGACUCGCCGAAACAGCGAGUGUGCCCCUGCCGCCUGCCGACAACAUGGAUGAAUGCGACAACCCCGUCGUCGUCACAUUAGCCGCACAACACGGGGAGGGAUUUGAGCAGCAGCAGCAGCAGCAGCCGCAGUCACCCACCAUCAAUGAUAAGGGAUUGCAGCACUCGGAAGAUACAAAGGACACAGAUACAGAUACGCAAAGCAUUCGAGAUACAGCAGAAUCAGAGCUUGAGGCUGAGACUGAGGCUGAGCAGGAGGAGGAGGACGCAGCAGUAGACGCAGAAGUUGAGGCAGUCAUCAUGGGCCAGGCGGAGAGCAAGAAGCAUGGCAGCAAGUCCAAUCGACGUAACCUAAAUGGCAAUAUGCUGGACAGCUCGCAGGAGCAGCAACAGCCACUGCAUACCAAAGGCACAGCCAUGUCCUUUGGCUUUCGCAAGAAGCUCAAUGGUACGCCCAAGAAGUUGAAGAAACUCCUGGAAUCCAAUUCCAAUUCCACACCAAUGACAGACACAAAGGACGACAAUGGCAAUGCUGCCACUACACCCAUUCACUUUGAGAAAGUGGGUGCCGCCGGCGCACCAAAAACAUCUGCGACUGCGACUACGGCAGCAGGUGCGGCGGCGGGCAAACGCUUUGGCUAUCGCGGCGCCCUGCCCCGGCCCGCUUCCACGGGUCUGUAUGGCGCCAGUGAAGAGUCCGAAUCGGAGACGGCAGCACAGAAUGCCCAGAAUAACAACAAUCCCUGUGGAGGAGGAGCAGGCACCGGCACCAGCACCAGCACUGUGCUGGUGAGCAAUUUAAAACGUCGCUCCAAGAGCGCACAUGCGGGACGCAGCAGCAGCAACGCUGAUGGAGAGCCCAAAAUAGCACAGCCCAAGACGCUCACAUUCAAUCUCAACCAGAACACAACCAUCGAGUACCAGCGGCGGCAGUUCUUUGGUGAGAUAGCGGAUGAAUCCACGGCUGCUGCUGCUGCUGCCCCAACACGCGGCGGACAACAGCGCUACAACUACAACAAUUUGGCCAGCAUGCACGCGAAUGUCAUAGUACGGCCCACGCCACGGCUCACACCCGCAAGCUUCGCCAAGUUUACGCUGCAAACGGUGAGCCUGCCACGGCCAGAGUACCCGGUGGCCAUCAGCCUGACGGCCACCACACCCACCACGCCCAGCAGCAGUGUGCAGUCGCCAGUGCCCAGCCACUCGACGGGUGCCAGGGCCAAGGACAUUUCCACCAGCUCGCGGCAGCAUCCCUUGACCUCGGUGCAUGUGCAGCCCACACAGACGCAUCAUCAUCAUCAUCGCUCCGAUCAGCGGCAUCUCGACCAGAAGAGCGUCAAGCAGCUGACCAACAACUCGACGCGGCGCGGCUUCUCGGGCAGUCGCGAGAUCAGCGCCGAUUCGGGCAUUGCCAGUCUGGACAUGGCCCUGGACUCGGGCAGCUCUGGCAGCUCUUCGGUGGGCUCCAAGCGGAGUCGCAGUCGGCCACGGAAUCUGCAGAUGGUGAUGAGCGGACGGCACACGUUCGAGGUGAAGGAUGUCGACGAUCCGCCCUCGAGCGAGUCCAACUCCUUUGUGGAGCCACUGGCGCUGCCCAAGCUGCCGACAGAUGGCAGUCAGGCCAUACCACUGCCGCUGCUUGGGCUGGUGCGAUCCAAUACGGUGCUCAGCCGUGAGAGCUACGAGCGGCGGCAGGAGACGCCCCAGGCGGCGGAUCAGGCUGGCAACGGCGGCCAGCAGGCGGAGGGGAAGCCCAAGCCCAGUGGCUCCGAUGAGAGCGAGAGCGUGGACGAGGAGAAGCACUACCUGGACUCGUCCACCUCCGAGAAGAGUGCCAAACAGCAGAGCCAUUCCUCCGUCUCGAGUUCGUGGCGCUGUCAAUCUUUGGCCGGGGAAUCCCUGGCCGCCAUGGACUGCAGCAGCAUGAGCAUCAGCGAUACCCAAUCUCAGUCGCAAUCGCAGUCGCAGGCCCCGGAAAAUGGCAGGGAAAAUGAGAGGGAGGAGGAUAUGUCCCUGGGACUAGACGAGAUCAGUCUCAUCCACACGGACAUGCCAUUUAGCACAAUUUCUUCAAUGACGGAGACGCCACCGAAGGCCGGCCAGGAGCCGCUGCUCAAGGUGCACCUCGUGGACAAUUCGGAGGCGUCGCCACGUCCUCGCUCCUUCAACAAUGCGCUCAACGAGUCCAAGUUCGCAGAGCUGGCGCUGGCCAGCAGCAGCUGCAUCCUGCUGGACGAUGAGACCUCGCCCACGGACAGCCUCGUGAGCAGCACCGAGGACUCGGAGGAGGCGGGCGGCAAGCUCAAGAAGCACAAACUCAACGAGGAGCGCCAGCAGAAGGACAUCGACAUUGACAUUGAUGAGAUCUCGCCGCUGCUCGAGCUCGAGCUGGACCCGGGAUGCGGCAGUCCCGUCUCCCCGGGCACGCCCACCCACGCCUCACACUCGCUCUCACUGGGCUCGGACUGUGGCAACCUGAUUGACGACGAGAUUGCCGACCAGCCGGCCCUGCUGUGCAACAGCGAGGCCCACGAGGUGGCCACCGACACGCCCACCCUGAUGGAAACGCACACCGGAUCGCUGCGCUCGCUGAAGAGUCAGUCGAAGGCACGCACGGCCCUGCAGCAGGCCAUCGAGCUGAGUCUCCGUACCCCCAUGGCCGUGCGGCAGGCGGUGCUCGAUCGCGCCGAGUCCCUGGACACCCUGUCGCCCUGCGAGUCCAUCUGCUCCGAUGACCUCAUGAUGGACUUUGACAUGAACAGCAGCGUGGACUCGAUCGACCACAUGGCACCCGUGUCGGGGCGCAGUCGCAGCGGCUCCGAUCUGCAUCGCAUUGGAGCCGAGAUGGAUCCUGCCCAGGCGGAGGCCGAGGCCGAACUUCUCUCCGAGAUGGAGCGCAAUGGCAGCGAUGUGAUGAAGGAGCUCAACUCUCUGCUGCGCGGCAGGCGGCAGCGUGGUGGCGCCCGUGAGCGCAUCAGCGCCCAACUGCCCGCCCGUGCCACACGGCUGCUCAAUCGCUCCCGGCUGCAGGACCAGCAGCUGACCGGCCACGAUUCGGACAACAGCCUGAGAUCCAGCCACAGCGGAGGUGCUGCAGCGGCUGUGCGCAAAAGGAGCACGGCCAAUUCACGCGCCUCCACGGCCUCGUCCACGUCCAGUCUGCCGCGCCAGCGCCAGCCGCAGAGGCAGCAACCAGGUGGUGGCACCGCCCCGGGUGGCCUACGAGUGCGCGGGCUGGGUAGCGGCGAGCUGCAUAGCUCAUCGGACGAUCUGAUGUUGUAUGACAAGUCCUUCCGGAAUGCCAUGAUCCAGGAUGUGCUGCAGUUCAAGAAGCAGCUACUCCGCCUGCGGCGCAUCCUCCAAGAGGAGUCUGAUUUUGAUUUGAAAAGGACGGAAACCCUCAAUCCCUUCGAGAAUGACAAUCUUCAAUUGUUUGCCGCCUGUGGACUGGACAGCAAGCAGCUGAACGACAUCGACUUGGCCAGCCUCACCUCGUCCACGACGGAGGAUCCAUUGCAGGAAUUAACGGAUCUACGUAGACAGGUGGUUUACCUUCAGGGUCAAGUCGAUGAUCGUGAUCGCACCAUACGCCUGCAGCGCGAUCUCAUUGAGCAAUUGGAGGCCGAGAAGCGGCAACAGGCCGGCGGCAAUGCCAGCAAUGCCACUGAUGCCAGCAAGGAGCUCAUCAGCAUGGCCACCCAGACGGAGCGGACACGACCACUUGCCAUUGGUGCGGAGGGUUUGUCCAGAAGUAAGCCCGAAUAUACCAGUUAUACCACACACUUUCCGAUGCUCCAUUUGCACGACUCCACGCUGGCCGCCACCACCAUCAUUCGCCAUCACCAGAGCCACCACCAGGAGAGGGAGCAGCCCACGCCCACAUCUACGGGCGCCAACAAUAGUCAGUGUCCCACUCUGAGCCAGACCCGCCGCCACACCAUCAUCUCCACGACGCUGACCAACUACAAUCAGCAGCUGGCUGCAGCUGCCUCCUAUCCGGGCACGCCGCGACGCGCUUCCAUCGGUUGGGACACGGCGGAGGCGGCCACGCCCAGUGCCAACAGCUACAAGCCCGUGCGCAUAACCUUGAUCGGGGAUCCUCUACCCCUACCCCUGCAGAAUGGCAGCUGUAAGUCAUCGUCAUCGUCGCUGUCGUUGCCUGGAUCCGUAGCCGCGCAGAGCCAGCAUCCCCAUGCACCGAAUGGGGUCAAGAUGCGGUAUCCGAAUGGCUGCCAGAGCGCCAAGAUGAAGGCGAGCAAUGGACACCACGGGGCGAGUGCACACUAUCAGCCGUUGUACAACAGCAACAAGAUGACAAGCCCAACCGUAACUAUAGUCUGAUUUAGAUACCAGGAUUCUUCGCCACCACCCCCCAAAAUCAAUUACAGCUCCAAAACAGAAACCAUUUACAAUAUAGAGAGUAGGGAGUGAUUAUGACUCUUGAUGCUUACCAUAUGUAGGUUGGGUUUUAUAUAAAUGGAUGGAUACACUCAAAUAUACUUGAAUAAUAACCCAUAUA